AUGUCUUCACCCAUUGAUCUCAGCACUCUCUUCUCGCUCGAGGGCCGCGUUGCUCUUGUCACUGGCGCCGGCUCGGGUAUCGGCUCAUACAUCGCCCACGCGUUCGCACUCGCCGGCGCCGCUCGAGUCUACAUCACCGGCCGUCGGCUCGAAGCGCUGCAAAAGACGGCGACGUUUCACAAAGCCAUCAUUCCCAUUCAGGGCGACGUCUCGAGCAAGGCGGGAUGCAGCGCACUCGUCAAAGCGUUCGAGGACGCCGAGAGGGCGCACGGCAUCUCCGGUCAGAUUCGUCUGGACAUUCUUGUUAACAAUGCUGGAGUUAUGACCAACGACGGCACUUGGGAUAAGGACGGCGCCAGCGCAGAUGAGAUCAGCCAGGCUCUCCUCAAGCUAAGCGACGAUGAAUGGGCCAAGGGCUUUGCCAUCAACGUGUCUUCCAUCCAGUGGAUGUCUGCUAGCUUCCUUCCGCAUCUCGCACGCGCGGCGGCUGAAGGCGGCAAAGCGCAGGGUCGUGGCAACAUCAUCAACAACACAUCUAUUUCCGCGCUUUACGUCUCUCGGGACGCACAAGGCCAUCUCUACUCCGCGACCAAGGCGGCAGCCGAGUCACUCACUCAGAACCUCGCGAGCAAGUAUACCAAGCUCGGCGUACGCGUGAACUCGAUCGCCGUUGGCAACAUCCCGAGCGAGAUCAACGACUUGAACAACCCCAAGAGUUUCAUCUCCAUGCUCAAGGACAUCAUCCCGAUUGGCCGUCCUGGAAACGAAGAGGAUAUUGCCGGUGUAGUCAUCUAUCUCGCCAGUCGGGCAGGUAGUUUCGUGUCGGGCGCGAUGCUCAAGAUCGAGGGUGGUAUCCUCAUCGGCGUCUAA